AUGCCCCCACGACGAUCUCGAGACAGCGAUACUAUCGUUGUUGAUAAAGAUGGUGAUGAUGAGUGGGCAGCACCAUCUUCACCUGAAUCAAUAGGAUCUGAUAUUGAUUUCGCACCACGAAACAAAAUGGCGGCCGUUAGUCCUCAAAACCUCGAGUCGCCGGAGCCAGAACUGGCUGACGAACCUGCGAUCGCGACGCCCAGUUCAGCAUCUAAACGAUAUAGCCCCAGCACACCUCCGAAGUAUUUAAAUCAAAUUUCAUUCAGAGAUCCAAACUCAUCAACAAUGGAGGAAAGAUUACAAAUGAUGCCUGCAAAACGUGCUCUACCUUGGAGGGAAGGAGUCGAAGCGGGCUCUGAGAUCGAGACUGGAGGAGAUUCCCGUAGGAAGCAAAUUAGAUUUGGUUGUUUACUCGCAACUCGAGGCAAUGUAGUUGAGGAUCCUUGCCUCUCAUGUGCCAAUGCUCGGGGAAAGUUCACCUUAUGUAUCGCACUGCCAGGAUUUUUCAAGGGAGCAUGCGCUAGCUGUCAAUUAAGUGGCAGACCAAACCGCUGCAGCAUCAAGACUAAUGAAGAAAUCGAACCCGAUGAAUUUACUGCAGAAGACGGAAUUCGUGUAACUCCAGAACCUGAAUCCUCAAGUACACGGAGAGCAUCAGCAAAGAAUGCCGUCAAAGAGACGCCAGAUAAAUCUAGUACAAAAAAUAAAGCCGAAGAAAACAACCAUUCUGGUCCGCCAGCAAAGAAAGCCCGUGUCGAAGAACCAGAAAAGCCAAUUCAAACGGGAUGGCAAGAACCUCCUGUAGUAGACACAGGUUUGGGAUCUACAAAGACGCGCGGAGGGCGCCCACCUCGUUCAUCUUUAUCCUCAUGGGCACCUGUCAAUUCUCCGUCUAUGGCUACGCGCAACUCGUCCACACCCAACACUCGAAACGGCGGUUUACGCAAGUCUGUUGGCAAAUCUGCCGAGAAGGAACCGACUGCCAAGGAACCAACCAGAAAGCCAAGCAAUACUCCAAGUGCAGGUACUCCUCAGUCAGCUCCGAGUAGACCGGCAUCUACAACUUGGGCCUCUGUCAACCAAACCCAAGCAGGAUCCCAACCUACAUUUCCAAAUUUACCUAGACCACAAAUUCCAAAACCACAACAUGAGCAGUCCAAGCCAGAGCAACAGCAAGAUAAAUCAGACCCGAAACAAGCCAAACCACCACAAGCUCAACCACAAGCUCAACCACAAGCUCAACCACAACAACCCCCUCAAACUAGACUACAGCAACAUCAAGCUCAAGUACAACAACAGCAGAUUCAGGCCCAAGUCCAGCAACAGCAACAGGCGCAAUACCAAUCUCCAUUUCCACCUCCACCUCCACCUCCACCGCCAGUCCAACAUCAACCCCAACCCCAACAUCAACCCCUACCCCUACCCCAACACCAUCCGCAACCUCAACUACCCCAUCCGCAAUUUCAAGUUCAACCUAAUCACAGUCCCAGCGUCUUUGCAGGCCAGCAACAAGUUAUCAUGAGUAAUGGAUCAACUAUAUCACAACCCCCACCCCAGAAAGCGGGCAACAAACGUCAACAACGAGAAUACCAACCAACUUUUGUUACUACUCCGAAUGGACUAAGUUUUGCCGCGGCUCCACUCAUAGAGACUUUGCCAAAGCGAAAGCAACUACAGCUAAUGGGAAUUAUCAGUGGUCUUCAAGGAGGUAUUGAUAAUAUUCAGAGAGAACUUAAUACGUUGAAGAAAACACUUGGCGUGGAGGAUGAUGAUAAUUGA